AUGGACAGCAAACAAGACCCAGAAAUGGAGGUUCAGUCUCGUAUUUCGCUAGAAGACCUAGCACCCGAAACUCUACUCGCAAUCAUGACUCAGUUAACUGAUCUCGAUUCGUUAUAUACUUUGAUCAUGGCAUCGCCAAAAGCAUGGCGCUUGUUCAACGAAUACGCCUGUCUCAUCACCGAAUCUGUCCUGUCUUCUCCAGACUCUCUCCUAGCUCCUGGUAUCCAACAAUUUAUACGUGCCCUCAUCCUGAUGCGCAAUUCUCAAGAACUGUUCGCGUGUCCAGACGACUUUGUCUAUUUUAUUCAUAAACACAUGGCAAAGAAUACCGAUAACGGCCUUAAAUACGAUGACUUAGACAAUCUCACGGCUAAAAUUACUGCUUCUCUCGCAACUGCCAUCACAGUCGACAAGCCGCCUAGUGACAUACUCUGGUCUGUUGUGGCAACAGCCCGACACAUCUCAGUCCUCACACAUGGCUGCUUGGAGUUUUAUCUCGCCCGCAUACGAAGUCCUUCGUUUACACCCAAAUAUCUCGACAGUACUCGCAAUUGCAUCGACCCCGGUGACCCAACGCCUCCUUGUAUGCUUGACUUUGAGGGUACUCCGUUAGUAACAGCAGACAUCGGGCAGCCCAGCUGGGUCGAAGAAACGCGAGUUUCACGAGCUCUGUGGUUCGUUCAACUCGCCCAUGAGAUGAUUCUGUCAGCUCCUCAAUGGAGAAACCCUAAGAAUGGAGCCGAAUUCAAGAAGCCGCAAGACUUUAUCCGUGAAAACGUAAAUCAUUCGGUCAUAAAUGGCCCGGCUGAAGAGGCAAAAACCGUCAUAGUAUAUCUUGAAAGCCUCAAAACGCAGCCAGAAACGAAGCAAAAGGGACCUUACUACCGCCUCCCUCGGCCACUAAAGGGCUAUAGUGAUGCGGGCUGGGUAACGCCUCUUCCCGAGCUUCAGCAGCAAGAAUGGGAAGAUGGCCAUUGCUAUAGGUUGGUUUAUCCCAAUAAAGUGAUUGAACUCGAUUUGCCGCCUGAAAUGGAGGGUAUGAAAGGCGAACCGUCGAGAGCGACAGUCGCCCGCUGGGAUCAGACAUGUGCUGCCAUCGAUGGGCCUUCCACCAACAUAGAAUACUGGGCAGGCCUCUCGAGCGACAUGCUUUCAUCGCCCAUAAUAGGCGUCACCUUCACUUCUUAUCGCCGACUGGGAUUCGCAUUGUGGGACAGGAAGCGGAUGUUUUUCCUGGGCUUCAUUCCAGGGCUAUACGAAACUUGGUCCUUUGAGAAGAUAGCCCAGUACAACUUCGCUUGGGAAAGCAUUCUUCCCGCCGAAGAAGCACGGGGCUUGAAAGAGGCGCAACGAGCAAGAGCAAGGUUUAAUGAGUACCUAUGGCCCAAUGAGAUUAUGUGGUAG